GAACCAUCACCUGUUGACUACUGGAGCUCACCUGAGCCUGCCAAGGGUGCCAUGCCACCUCCGCCUCUACUUCCUCCUCCUCCGCCACCACCACCUGCACCUGCUGGACCUACUGAUGGGAAGGGUGAAGGACUGUAUGAGAACUUGGAGGUUCCGCCAGGAUUCGUGGCACCGCCACCACCUCCUCCACCACCGUGA